AUGGCGGGGCAGGCUCUUUUGCUCGUCGCCUUCGUCCUGACGGCGCAGCUGUGCGGGUGCACGGCGUACGUGGGCGGCGGGUUUAGCGUGGAGUUCAUCCAUCGGGACUCCCCCAAAUCUCCGCUAUACGACCCGAAGCUCACGGUGCACGGCCGCGUGCUCGCCGCCGCUCAGCGUUCCACGGCGCAGGCCGCGGCGCUCGCGCGCUCGUACACUACCAUCGUCUCUCCAUCUCCUGAAGGCGCCGUGUCGGAGAUUAUAUCCAGGCCGUUCGAGUACCUCAUGUACGUCAACAUCGGCACGCCGGGCACCCGGACGCUAGUGGUCGCGGACACCGGCAGCAACCUCGUCUGGCUUCGAUGCGUCAACGGCAGCACCGCUGAGCCUCCGCCACCAGCCUCUGGCUCGGAUGCGCAUCCGGAGGACGUCGUCUUCGACGUGUCCUCCUCGGCUACGUACGGCCGCGUAGGCUGCCAGUCCGGCGCGUGCCACGCGCUUCCCGUCACCAGCUGCGACGCCAGCUCCAACUGCAACUACCUCCAGACCUACGGCGACGGCUCCAACACGACCGGCAUACUCUCCACCGAGACCUUCUUCUUCGAAGACGCCCCCGGCGGCUGCGUGGGGUGCCGCGACCGUCCGCAGCUGGUGGUGCACGAAGUCAACUUCGGCUGCUCCACGUCCAUCAACGGCCCGUUCCCCUGGAACGGCGUCGUUGGACUCGCCGACGGCAACUUGUCCCUCGUCUCCCAGAUCGGCGCGGUCACAUCGCUCGGCCGGAGGUUCUCCUACUGCCUCGCGCCCUACAACGUCAACGCCUCCUCCGCGCUCAACUUCGGCUCUCGCGCCGACGUGACGGAGGUGGACGCGGUGUCGACGGUACUGGUCCCCUCCCCGUUUGGGUCCCUCUACACCGUCGCGCUCGAGUCCGUCGAAAUCAGCAACUCUACUUUCACGGGGCUCCUGGACCAGGUGGUGGAGGAGGUGAACCGGACCAUCAAGCUCCCGCAGGUGUCAUCGACGGGGCGGAUCCUACCGCUGUGCUACGACGCGACCGGGAUGACCGAGGAGUUGAUACUGGAGAAGAUGAUCCCGGACGUGAAGCUGGUUAUGGGAGGCGGCGCGGUGGUGACGCUCAAGGCGCGGAACACGUUCGUGCAGGUGGAUCAGGUCACCGUGUGCAUGGCGGUGCUGCCGGUUGGUGACCAAUCUCCUUUUGCUAUCCUCGGUAAUGUCGCGCAGCAGAACAUGCACGUCGGCUACGACCUGGACAGGCGCACUGUCACCUUCGCCGCCGCCGACUGUACGACCGCCUACCCCUCCCCUCCCGCCUCUUUGUAG